AUGACGCUGAUAGACACGGCUUGUGUGGGGCAGCUGGGGUCGCUGCACCUCGCUGCUCUCGCUCCCAACGUCUCUGUCUUCAACUUCAUCUUCCAGACCUUCACCUUUCUGGGCACGGCAACGUGUGCACUGGUGGCGCGCCAAUCCACGCCCCAGCCCACCUCCGCUGCACAGUCACAGCAGAACCUACUGGCGAGCAGGGCAGUGACAGCGGCAAUGCGGCUGGCAGUGGUGGGUGGGUCACUGCUAGCCCUCGCCCUGCUCCUCUCCGGUCCCUCGCUCCUCCAAGCCAUGGGAUGCCGCCCGCCGUUCCUGCUGCCCGCCCUGCAAUACCUCCGCAUCCGCGCUCUCUCUGCGCCCUUCGUGCUGGCUAUUCUGGUGGCGCAGGGAGCGUGUCUGGGGCAGCAGGACUCAGUCACUCCGCUGCUCAUAUUCGCUGCUGCCGCUGCGGUCAAUGUAGCGGGGGAUGCGCUGCUGGUGCUGUACAUGGGCUGGGGUGUGCGGGGAGCAGCGUGGGCUACACUCCUGGGUCAGGUGCUGGCCGCACUCAUCUUUGCUGCGAGACUGCGACCACUCG